UCGCACGCGGCCCCUCUGUGUGUCCCAUGUGCAUCCUACUCGUGACAUGGUGGCCAUCGGUGCGUCAAACUAACGGUGGUGUUGGUAAUGCCUUCAGGGGUAUAUAUACGACGAGCGCUGCGGGGCUUGAUAAACACUUGCCCAUCAGCGAUUACUGUUGCAGGAUGUACACGUCACUGGUAAUCUUGCUCGCAUUGGCAGCGUGCGUCGCAGCAGCGCCUGCUGACGAUGUGAUACCGAUCGUCAGUCAGAGUCAGGAGGGUCCUAAUCCGGAUGGAUCCUACAAGUGGAAUUACGAGACCGGCAACGGUAUCAAGGCCCAAGAGGAAGGCCACCUGGAGAACGUUGGCAGCGAGGACGAGGCGAUAGUAGCAGAAGGUGGUUUCAGUUACGCUAGCGACGAUGGUCAAUCGAUCUCCCUAACGUACAAGGCCGACAAGGAUGGCUUCCAGCCGGUGGGUGCUCAUCUACCUACCACACCGGAAAUUCCGCCGCUGAUACAGAAGGCUCUCGAAUGGAUCGCGGCUCAUCCGUCCAAGGAUGACGAGAACCAGGUGUAAGUCCGCGACCGGCGCUACUGUCCAGUACGUUUGUGAUCUCACGACCUUUCACGUAAUUAUCAUGCCAACGCGAAGACGAACCACGAUAUACUCGAUGAUACCGGAUGAUGAGUGUUGCUGUGCCACCCUCGCCUUGUCCUCGCCCUCGAAGUUAACACAGAAUACUCUGGUUCAAAUUGUUGUAAAUAUUUAUUGUACGUCUAUGGAUAUAUGUUAUAUGCAAACACAUUUUUUUAUUAUUGUAUUAAUAUACGAUAUGUAUACUUAUAUGAAGAUACGAGUAUGCAUCUAUAUGAUUAUGUAAUUAACUCGUUGUUAGAUAUAUGCCGGUACAUUAAGAAUAAAUGUUGCAUCCCAGGAGA